UGUAGCGAGAAUGGCAGAGUGGUUGUAAAGUGAGAGAGUGGGCAUUCCGCAAAACAUAUAGAUUACAGAUGGAAAACGGAAGGAUACCUUUGUACUCGUGUAUAUUGGUUUUGCAGCUUUCUUUCGGCUGUGGGAUACUCCGGGCAGCAACACUGAACCUCUGGAACAUUAUGUUUCACUGGGAAGUGCGAAAGUAUCGGAUAGCCGAAAUGAUCAAAACUGUUCACCCUGACUUGAUAGCAUUACAGGAAGUCAGAGCAAGCGAGAAGGGGAAGCACACACAAAUAGCAGAACUUCAAGCACUUCUUCCUGAAUAUAAAUGGAGUCAUUUCCAUCCAGUCAAUGAAGUGGAACAGGUGCAAGACAGUUACUUGUCGGGAUGGGAGAAAGAAGGUAUAGGAGUACUAAGUAGACAUCCCAUGAUUUUGACCAAGAUUCAGCCUCUCAUAUACAACAAAGGUCCAGACACAAACAAGCGUGUUGUUGUGCACAUGCGUAUUGGCAUUAGAGGAAUGGGGAUCUUCAACUUGGCUGUAGUGCAUUUUUCUUAUGACAGGCAGCAGCAGUGCAGUAAUGCGAGAGAUGUGCUGGGGCAUAUUGAACGAAAUCAUCUGAGAAAUGUCGUAAUUCUGGGAGACUUCAACACUUACACAGAUUUCGAGAUGCCAAUCCAUCUGUUGACCAGUUAUAAAUGGAGCAAGAAAAAGUGCUAUGCUGACAGCCAGUUCCGCUAUGGUGGGCCGCGUUUUAGAGAUGUUUGGACAUCACUACAGUACAGCCACGAGGAAGGCUUGACAUUUAGUAAUAUGCCCACCCCAGGUUUGGAGAGUCGUCCAGAUAGGAUACUGGUGUCCACUGGGGUCAAGGUCCUGACGGCCAGACUGGACGGAAGUGGUACUGCGUACAGGGACAGGUACUACCAAGCAAUACUACGAGAGAGGUUUUACCGCAUUUUAGAGGCGUCCCAGAAUGCACGGCAAGGGUUUAAAGGUUAUUCAUGCCCUCACGAUUGCGGUCCCAGAGCUUCCUGUCGCUGCGGAGUUUGCGUUCGCGGUGGAAACCAGAAGACUUGUCUGGUACCCUACUGUACUGAAUGUCUGCCUGAACUGUACACACAUAUUCAAAUGACUGUGAUCCUUCUCAUAUUCUGCAUUGGACAGUUAAUCUUCGCUAUGCUACAAGUUAUGUUCACGAUGAACCGAAUCCAGCAGCUGAGAAAAUCGCCAUUCAUACUGUGUCUGUUCAACCCCGAGUUGUACAUCAGCUUAUCUUCGUUCACAAAGAGAGCCAAGCAGUCUGUUAUCUUCCAAUACUGCCCACUGUGCUAUCUUCCUCCGGGACCUCAGGUGUUAUACUGCAUUCUCUGCCUGACUCUGGCAGCAAGUUUAGGCUACUGGUUACUGGGGGAUAGUUUGAGGCUGGUGUACGCUGUGCCUGAUGAAGCCCUCCAUGCCUCAGACCACAUGAUGUUGACAGCAGACCUCUUUGCUAAACUGUAGUAUCUGCUUAUUGUAUAUUAUAACUAUUAUUAUUGUUGUUGUUGUUGUUGUUGUUGUGGUUCAGGGCUAGGGGCCAUCUCAGAAGAUGUUUUUUUGUGAGGGGGAGUGUCUAUAAUUAUCUGCCAGUGAGAAAUAUUGCUUAUGUGUUAUAUAAGUCUUUUGUAUUCGUGGAUAUAUCUCUAAAAAACCAAGGGUUAGUGCACAUAAUUUAUAAAAUUUUUUUCUGUCACAAGAUUUCUGUUUAAAUGGGGCGAUUUUAUCUGAAUAUGUUUUUAUAUAUAUACAGAAACUAUAAGAGUACACUGUAUGAAAAAUUAUUUUAAAAUGAUUGAAAUAUUAUGGAAUAUAAUUGUUAUAGACAACUUUUAAAAUGUGAACAUAAACUUUGUUACUUGCUGUUAAAGUACUUUUCUGUCAGCAUUGGGCUAAUGAUGGAGAAAUAUAUGCAAAAAAGCAAAUAAAAUAAAUAUAUCUCAAGUUUCAAGGAAUUUUAAAAUAAAAUAGAAUUGGCAGUUAGUGUCAAAUUAUAGCGACAGUUACAGCAUGGACAAUCACAAGCAACCAAAAUUGAAAUCCGAUGUCAGAAAUAAAAAUGCACACAUCUUUCUUUUUGCACACCUAGUUUAUUACAAAUUAAUCUCUUUAUUUAAAAAGUAUUCCUGUGUGACUAUGGUUUGAAUUAAAUGCAUGUUUCAAACAGAUUCCAUUUUGGUCCUAUUAUACUUAUUGGACACCCAUAAAACAUUUUUAGUUGUAGACCAAUCCCAAUGUUUGAUGAAUCUUUAGAGCUAAAUCUUUUACGAGUGAAAUACUGGUAAAAGUGCAUUGAAGACCACAUGUAGGCUAUCUUGCUGACCAUCUUGCCAACCUAUGGAAGAUCAUGAAUAGUUCCACAUAAUAGAAACCCAUUUGCACUCCAUUGUACUGGAUCAGAAGUAGUGGUAAGUGGUGCCAUCUACAGUUAAUCUGGUGCUAGUUGAGAAAACUGUCUGCACUGGAGUUCUGGUUCAUGCAUGUACUUUGCAAUAAUACAACUUUACAAAAAACAAUACUUGAAAGAAAAAGUGGACAGCAUUUAGAAAAAGUGAAGGCUAUAUAAAAUGUAAUGACUUAAAGGCUUCACCAUUGCAGAUAACAUUUAAAAGAGUUAUAUUAUUAUGUCCAUCAUGUAAAUGCAUGUAAGGUUACUUGACAGACAAUGACUACAUUCAAAAUAUUGGAAAAUUAAAAGAUGAUAUAAAGUAUAAUUACAGAUGAAGAAUACUAGAGCGGUAUAGGUCACCAUAUAAAACAGGGCUAUAAAUUAUUCUACAUCACUUCACAACACAGACAUGCCAUUUGGGAAUUUCAAAUUUAGUAAAAGAUACAAAUUCAGACUAAUAUCUUUCAUUGUGUGAAACUCAGUGAUUUUUAACCAAAAGACAAACCUGAUAGCAUCACACUAACUUUUGAGGCUAAUGUUGCUUACCACAUUUAUCUUAAUGUUAAUAAUUUAAAACCUAAAAAAAAAAUGUAUAUAUGCACAAAGUCCAUAUCCGAAUAAAUACAUAAUAUAAUACAAAUUGGAAAGCUUUCUUAUAAUCCAUGUCCUUCAAAAAUUCACAUCAAGGAAAAAUUUGCC